GGUGGAGUCGUCACACUUCUUGCAUUUCUAAAAGGUCUGAGUUUUCAGACAUUUCUACUGAAUGUCUACUGAAAAACGGUUGAAGAAAAUGGUCCACAAAUAUGUUUUACUUUGUUUUUGCUUGUUGUGUUUGGCUGGUGUGUUUGGUGUUGAGUCAGUGUCAGUGAUGGAGGGAGAAUCUGUCACUUUAUACAUUAAUAACACUGAAAUACAUGAAGAUGAUGAUUUAAUGUGGAAGUUUGGAACUGAAAAUGAUCCCUUUGCUCAAAUCAAUAAAGAGGCUGGAAUCUUCUCAAUGUCUGAUGGUCCUGAUGGGAGAUUCAGAGGCAGACUGAUACUGAACCAUAAAACUGGAGAUCUCACCAUCACAAACACCAGAAUCACAGACACUGGACUUUAUAAACUACAGAUCAUUGGAGCUCAAAUGUCAUCAAAAACAUUCAGUGUUACUGUCUAUGCUCAUCUGCCAGUUCCUGUGAUCAUCAGAGACUCUUCUCAAUGUUCUUCAAGCUCUAAAUGUGUGUUGGUGUGUUCAGUGGUGAAUGUGACACAGGCGACUCUCUCCUGGUACAAAGGAAACAGUUUAUUGUCCUCCAUCAGUGUGUCUGAUCUCAACAGCAGUCUCUCUCUACCUCUGGAGGUGGAAUAUCAGGAGAACAACAUCUACAGCUGUGUGAUCAACAAUCCCAUCAGAAACCAGACUAAACAUCUCAACAUUACUGAAGUCUGUCAGACGUGUUCAGCUUCAGCUCGUCUGCCGGUUCCUGUGAUCAUCAGAGACUCUUCUCAAUGUUCUUCAAGCUCUAAAUGUGUGUUGGUGUGUUCAGUGGUGAAUGUGACACAUGUGACUCUCUCCUGGUACAAAGGAAACAGUUUAUUGUCCUCCAUCAGUGUGUCUGAUCUCAACAGCAGUCUCUCUCUACCUCUGGAGGUGGAAUAUCAGGAGAACAACAUCUACAGCUGUGUGAUCAACAAUCCCAUCAGAAACCAGACUAAACAUCUCAACAUCACUGAAGUCUGUCAGACGUGUUCAGAUUCAGUCCCGACACCAAGGAUAUUAUCAAUAUCUGCCGUCGCUGGAAUUGUGGCUGCAGUUUUGACUCUGUUGAUUGUGGCUGCAGUUUUGAUUGUGGCUGCAGUUAAAGUCUACAUCUGCAAGAAACACAGAAAAAAAGCAGAAGAGGGCAAGUGUUAACUAGAGCAAAUACAUUUAAAGAAAAAGUAGAUGUUACACUACGAUACACUUACAUUUUUCUGAAGAAACAGAUUUCUAAAAGUUGAGUUUGUUGUGUUUGUUUUUGUUCAAACUGUUCAGAACGUUGAUGAGAUAACAUACGCCGAUCCAACGCUCUACAAACGAAAUACACCGAAAACGAAAGGUAACGAGGAUGAUCAAGUGGUAUACGCAGGCGUCGCUGUGAGACUUUAAUCAAACGGUCUGAGAUUCAGUUUCCUCAAUGAAGUUCUGAAGUCUGUAACUAUGUGUUACUUUUUUUGUGCCAUUUAGAGUAA